UAGCCAGUUUUCUAGAAUCAUUAUUCAUUUUUAUUAACGUUGUCUAUCUGUUCGGUUAAUAUUUGUUGGUUUGACUACUUGAACGUCUUGAACUUUGUCAUCGUCAUCAUAGUCGCGAUUCCCUAGUUAUCUGUUCAACAUACAAUUAAGUUUUUAUUGUUUUAAACCUCCAGUUGUAAAUCUAUUUAAUUUGUGGUCAUUGUUUAGAAAUCAAAACCUGGGCAUGGACCACCGAAAGUCCAUUUGUGCUUUUUGGGCACUAUUAUUUUUAGUCAGUCCUAUUGCUGCCAAAGAUGCUGGAACUAAAUCUAAAGAUGAACUUGGUACUGUUAUUGGGAUUGAUUUGGGCACAACAUACUCAUGUGUGGGAGUAUACAAAAAUGGACGAGUGGAAAUAAUAGCCAAUGAUCAAGGUAACAGAAUUACUCCAUCAUAUGUUGCAUUCACCAAAGAAGGAGAACGUCUUAUUGGUGAUGCAGCUAAAAAUCAGCUUACCACAAAUCCUGAAAAUACAGUAUUUGAUGCUAAGCGAUUAAUUGGUCGUGAUUGGUCUGAUGUUAAUGUUCAACAUGAUGUUAAAUUCUUCCCCUUCAAGGUUAUUGAAAAAAAUACUAAGCCUCACAUUGAAGUUGAAACUAUUGAAGGUACAUCCAAAGUGUUUGCACCAGAAGAAAUUUCUGCUAUGGUAUUAGGUAAGAUGAAAGAAACUGCUGAAGCAUACUUGGGCAAAACUGUAACACAUGCAGUUGUCACUGUACCCGCUUAUUUCAAUGAUGGUCAACGUCAAGCUACAAAAGAUGCAGGAGCUAUUGCUGGUCUCACAGUCAUGAGAAUUAUUAAUGAACCUACAGCGGCAGCUAUUGCAUAUGGUUUAGAUAAAAGAGAAGGAGAAAAGAAUGUUUUGGUAUUUGAUCUGGGCGGUGGUACCUUUGAUGUAUCAUUGUUGACAAUUGAUAAUGGUGUUUUUGAAGUAGUUUCUACAAAUGGAGAUACUCAUUUAGGAGGAGAAGAUUUUGAUCAAAGAGUAAUGGAUCAUUUCAUUAAGUUGUAUAAGAAAAAGAAGGGUAAGGACAUUAGAAAAGAUAACCGUGCAGUUCAAAAAUUAAGACGUGAAGUAGAAAAGGCAAAACGUGGUCUUUCUGCCAGUCAUCAAGUGCGCAUUGAAAUUGAAAGUUUCUUUGAAGGAGAUGACUUUUCUGAAACUUUGACUCGUGCCAAAUUUGAAGAACUUAACAUGGAUUUGUUUAGAUCUACCAUGAAACCUGUUCAAAAAGUCAUGGAGGAUGCCGACAUGAAUAAAAAAGAUAUUGAUGAAAUUGUGUUGGUUGGUGGUAGUACGAGAAUACCUAAAGUUCAACAGCUAGUCAAAGAGUACUUCAAUGGAAAAGAACCAUCACGUGGUAUUAAUCCAGAUGAAGCUGUAGCUUACGGUGCUGCUGUUCAGGCUGGUGUUUUAUCGGGUGAACAGGAUACAGAUGCAAUCAUUCUAUUGGAUGUAAAUCCUCUAACUAUGGGUAUUGAAACUGUUGGUGGAGUUAUGACCAAAUUAAUUCCACGUAAUACAGUUAUUCCAACAAAGAAGAGUCAAAUUUUCUCCACUGCUGCUGAUAAUCAAAACACUGUUACUAUCCAAGUAUUUGAAGGUGAAAGACCGAUGACCAAGGAUAAUCAUCUUCUAGGAAAGUUCGAUCUCACUGGAAUACCCCCUGCACCUAGAGGAGUUCCACAAAUUGAAGUAACAUUUGAAAUUGAUGCUAACGGUAUUCUACAAGUUAGUGCUGAAGACAAAGGAACUGGUAAUCGAGAAAAGAUUGUUAUUACCAAUGAUCAAAAUAGAUUAACACCAGAUGACAUAGAACGUAUGAUCAAGGAAGCUGAGAAGUUUGCUGAUGAUGACAAGAAAUUGAAAGAGCGUGUUGAAUCUAGAAAUGAUCUGGAAUCAUAUGCAUAUUCAUUAAAGAACCAAAUCGGUGAUAAAGAAAAAUUAGGCGGAAAGUUGUCAGAUUCUGAAAAAACAAAAAUGGAAGAAAUCAUUGAUGCUAAGAUUAAAUGGUUGGAUGAGAAUCAAGAUGCUGAUCCAGAACAAUAUAAGACACAAAAAACUGAAUUGGAGAGUGUUGUCAAUCCAAUCAUAUCAAAAUUAUAUGCUAGUACUGGUGGUGUUCCUCCUCCACCUGCCGGAGAUGCUGAGAAAGAUGAACUUUAAAAAUGGAAAUAUUUAUAAAUUUAUUUAUUGUAUAUAAGACUGCUAAGGUUUUACUUCCUUUUGGAUUAUGUAUGUUAAGCAGUUAGGUUAACAAUUAGCUAAUAUAUUUUUUUCUAUGUAUGUAAUUCAUCAUUUUAUAAAUGGUUUGAAUUAUUUCGUUUUUUGUACAAUAAACAUUUAAAUCCAUUUGAUAACACCGUUAA